AUGGCUGUGGCAGUCCUGGAUCGGAGCUUUAGCAGUGAAUAUCCUGGAGGUAGCAGAACUGAGGGCAGGCAGCUGAGCUGGAAGAGAGUCUUUGUCCAAACUGACAAUGGGUCUGUCCUUGGCAUCGAGCUGGAGAGAGGAGAAAAUGUGCAAACUGUGAAAAAGAAGCUGCAGAUAGCCCUCAAUAUGCCCACUGAUGAGAGCUCAUUGACCUUUGGUGACCUGGUUCUGAAUGAUGAUCUUAGCAGCAUUCGCAAUGACUCACCGUUGCUUCUCAAAAGGAAUCAGAUUCACCGAAGCAAUUCCACACCUUGCCUCUCCCCUACUGGCAAGGAUGUUUGGCAAAGAGACCGGAGCGGGCCCAUUGAAAUCCUUGGCUGUGCAAGCCCAUCCUCUCGGAUGAAGCAGCUUGCUAAGGAUGUCAUUAAAGCCAUAAGGAAUGGUGUUGACCCAGUUGCUGUUAACAGUGGGAUGGGUGGUGCCUACUACUUCAAGAACAUUUGGGGAGAGUGUGUUGCAAUUGUCAAGCCAACUGACGAGGAACCAUUUGCCCCAAACAAUCCAAAAGGUUUUGUGGGGAAGGCUCUGGGACAGCCAGGCCUGAAAAGAUCUGUGCGGGUCGGUGAGACAGGCUUCAGAGAGGUUGCUGCUUACCUCCUCGACUAUGGUCACUUUGCAAAUGUUCCUCCCACCAUGCUUGUCAAGAUAACACACACCAUCUUCAAUGUGAAUGACUGUGUUGGCUGCAAAAGUAAAGUAUUCUGCAACAAAUCAGAGGCUGUGAGCAAGAUUGCAUCACUGCAGGAGUUCAUUCCUCAUGAUUUUGAUGCCAGUGACCAUGGGACCUCAAGCUUCCCUGUAUCUGCAGUGCAUCGGAUUGGCAUUCUUGACAUUAGAAUCUUCAACACUGACAGGCAUGCUGGAAAUCUUCUGGUCAGGAAGCUUGGUCCUGGGGCUGACAAUUUUGGAGAGCAGACGGAACUCAUUCCUAUUGACCAUGGCCUUUGCCUUCCAGAAUGCCUAGAAGACCCUUACUUUGAGUGGAUCCACUGGCCGCAGGCCUCUGUUCCCUUCUCCGAGGAGGAGCUUGAAUACAUUGCAGAACUUGAUCCUGUAAAAGAUGCAGAAAUGCUACGCACGGAGCUACCCAUGAUACGAGAGGCAUGUCUCAGGGUGCUGGUGCUGUCAACAGUAUUUCUCAAGGAAGCUGCAGCGUUUGGUCUCUGCCUCUCCGAGAUAGGAGACAUGAUGAGCAGGCAGUUCACUGCAAAAGAAGAGGAACCAAGUCAGCUUGAACUUCUCUGCAUGGAGGCAAGGAAGUGGGUCAAGGAAAGAGAGUUCUUUCUUCCUGACGAAGCCGGAGUUGAAGAUGACGAUGAUGACUUCACCCAGUUCCUUCUUGACAGUGAGGAUGAUGCAGAUGCCUUUGAACCACCAGCUUUCUGCAAGUUUGGCAGCAUGAAGGCAAGUUCCAGGAAUCCACUAUCCAAGCUAGAUGAGUGUGAUGAGGAGGACGAAGAUGAGACUGAGGAGGACGCCGAUGAUGACAUCUUGAUCAGUGCAUUGCCCCAGAAGAUUCCUUCUAUCUCCAAGCUGUCGUCGUCCAUGAAGGGGCUUGGCUUCAUUGGGAAAUCUAAACCCUACCGUAGAGGAGUUCCGAAGGGUAAAGUGACAGGUAGAACUAACUACAGUGGCAAAGCUAGUGAGCAUCAGUCCGGGAGCAGGAGCGCCAAUGAGCUGCUCCCGCCCAGCGCCAGUUUUGUGAAGCUGUCGGACAUGAGCCCUAAAGAGUGGAGUGCAUUCCUCGACAAGUUCCAGGAGCUGCUCCCAGGUGCCUUCCGCACCCGGAAGCACACUGCUGGUGUCGGGCAGCGCCCGAUGCCGAGGCUGGGCACGUCUUGCGAGUUUUGA